CUGUCCCCUAUGCCUCUCUCCCCGCGCUAUGACUCCAUCGCCAACGGCCCUCACAUGAUGCUGCGCAGUCCAGUGUCUCCCAUCCCUCCGCGAUCGCCCUCGCAGAAUAGCUGGUAUGAGCGGAGAGGGCCGCCAGAGCCUUUGCGCCUGGAUUCCACAAACGCUGUGAUGACAAAGGCCAUGCGCCCCGAAGUGCGCACGCCAGAGACCCCUGCCGUCGAGAACUUUUCUAGACCCCGGAAGCAGAGCGCCAGUAUUAAGUCGCCCCCUGUCGGCCCAGGUAGCCUGCGGCUGGCUUACCUCCCUCCCUCGGAUCGCAUGCCGGAGAUGACCAGCGUUUCACCUUCUUCCACGCCCUCCUGGCAACGCCCCCAACAGCCUUUCGACUCUUCAAAACCUUCACUCUCAUAUGCCGCCUCUCCAUCUUUUCCCCCUACUGCCGAAUACCAAUACCUCGAAUCGAGCUCCGGCCGCUCCUCUAGGAACGCGAGCGCACAUCCUCAUCCCUCAAUUGCCGGCCAUCGCCCCCAGUAUCUGGCCUACAACAACCGCAUUGACAGCUCCAUCAGCGCUCCCACGCCCAGUGGGCCAGCUCCGUGGAUGAGCGACGACGAACUGCGAUCCAGCUUCAGGUCACAGCUUACAUCAUCGUCCAUUCCCGCCACUACCUUGACCGAACGGAGCAGCGUCUUGACCAAAGACAGCUCUGUUCUGUCGCUCUACGGAGAAUCAGCAGACGCAGACGCAGACGCAGACGCAUACGCAGACACUGACGCUGACGAGCCCAGCUUGGAAGAUGUUAUGGGCAUGUACGAGAGAGGAUUCUGUGACGACGACGACGACGGCAACGACUUUGCAAACGAAGAUUUUGAUUCCAACACCCACACCAACAACACCCACCAUCAACUAAACAACAAUCACCACCACCACCCCUACGACGAUCAAUACAACAUUGGCUAUAGUUCUGCGUACGAUUCGUACCCGCACGAGCCAGAGCCGGACUCUCUACCAAAGCUACUAGAGGAAGAACAGGAGCAACAGCCCGAACUAGAGACGGUGCUAGAAUCAGAGCUAGAGCCAACGCACGACCUCGACCUCGAGCUUGAGCACGAACCUGAGCACGGGCUCGAGCACGGACACUCGGCUUUACAUACACAUGAGGAAGAGGUAAUAGACGAAGAAACAACAGAGGAACCAACAGAGGCGGCAAUAGAGGAAGAAUCGGCCGAACUCCAGGACACUGUCCCCGACAACAUGAUUAGCGUCAUGCACCGUCCUGCCACCGCCAGGUCCGAACCGGUACCUGAGCGCAUUCACGAUGACGAGUUUGAUUCCGACCCGGUGCCUCCGGUGCCUGCUCAGCACUCUGCCCUAGAUAUGGAAAUUAGGCAAUCAAAGAUGCUGUUUUCCAGCACCGCAUUCACAUCAACGCCAGAGCUACCGGGAGCGCGUGAUCGGUAUGGAUUCAAAAAGGAAAACCAAUUUGUCACCAUAGCUCAGUAUGAUGCUUGGGACAAGGGAUACUCUCAGUACCUCGCUCGCCGGCGCAAGAAGUGGGUUUCCUACCUCAAGGACAGCGCCCUGAUGACCGACCGCCCCCAGCGUUUCCCAUCUCCGAAUGCCAAGACGAAGCGUUUUGUUCGCAAAGGCAUCCCGCCGGAUUGGAGAGGAGCUGCGUGGUUUUAUUACGCAGGCGGCCCUGCUAUUCUGGCCAAGCACGGCGGCCUCUACGACAAGCUGUUGUUGAGACAAGCCAAGCAUGUCGACGUUGAGGCCAUCGAGCGUGACCUUCACCGGACGUUUCCCGACAACAUCCAGUUCAAACCUUCGCAAGCCACCGCCGAGAUGCUUGACACCACGACUAGCAGCGAGAGGGCAAGCCAAUCCACAGUCAGGGGCGCGGCCUUGGACGGCAGCGGACCUGGCCCUGUUGGACUACAGGGCGAGCCGCCGCUCAUUGCUUCGCUUCGUCGUGUUCUGCUCGCCUUUGCCGUCUACAACCCCCGCAUUGGAUACUGCCAAAGUCUCAACUUCAUCGCCGGCCUUUUGCUUCUCUUUGUGGAUACAGAGGAACAGGCAUUUUGGCUGCUCAACGUCAUCACCCACAUCUACCUCCCUGGCACACAUGAGAUGAGUCUCGAGGGCUCCAAAGUGGAUCUUGGAGUGUUGAUGACUGAGCUCCGCGACACGAUGCCUGCAGUGUGGGAUAAGAUUGGAGGAGAGCUCGAUGGUGGCGAGCCGCUGACCAGGCCAAUGACUAGCAAGUCAAUGUCCAUGCGAAAGUCACCGCUGACACCCUCGCCGCUGACGCUUCGACUGAAAAGGAAGGAACCUCAUCUGGCGCUGUCAUCUGAGCGACUUCCUCCCAUCACUCUCUGCAUGACUGCUUGGUUCAUGAGCUGCUACAUUGGGACACUGCCCAUCGAGACCACGCUUCGUGUCUGGGACGUCUUCUUCUACGAGGGAUCCAAGACGCUCUUCCGGGUUGCCCUGGCCAUCUUUAAGCUAGGAGAAGCCGAAAUCAAGGCGAUUGGAGAUCCGAUGGAAAUGUUUGGCGUGGUCCAGUCCAUGCCCAGGAAGAUGCUAGACGCAAACAAAGUCUUGGAGACUUGCUUCAAGAGGCGCAACGGCUUCAACCACCUCAGCCAAGAAGUGAUUGAGGAGCGCCGGCAAGAACGACGUGACAAGGCCCAGCAGGAU